GUCAUUGGCAACCAAUCAAAAACUUAAAAGAGCCAGCCCGGGCCCGCGCGGAGCAGCAGUUCUCUAUUUACAUGUAAACCUAGGCGGUAGGACCCGGUUAACCCUUCCCGGGACUGAAGUGUCAACGGCUUGCGCUGGCCGCUCCGGCUGAAACUGGUUCUUUCUGAGUACCGGACCCUCCCACGCCACCUGGUGCGGACACGGGCCUCGCGGGGGGUCUCCACUCCACCUCGUGACUCGGGGUGGAGGCUCCGAAGUGUCCGGCCAACUUUCCCGAGGCCGCGGGCGACUCGAAGCCGGGUGCCUCCAUGGCCGUGACAGCGCCACGCGGGACGUGAGCGCGCACAGGGCCGGCCUCCCCGCAGCCCCGCUCGGCCCGGCCCGCAGAUGUCGCUGCCUCUCCGGCUGCCCUACUGCUCUCCUGCCCGGAGGCUGCGCGCAGUGCUCCGGUUUCCCUACUUCCGUGCCCCGGUCACUCCCCCGCCGUCCCCAGCCUGUUCGCAGGACUCCGAAUCCGAAGGUGGCACCCCGGAGAGCUACGCGGAGGAGGAGGCUUGGCUCCCCUCCAGCGGCCACAGGGGGCGCACGGGCGCCAGCCGUCAGGGCUGGGCGUGGCCGGGCCAGACGAGCGUCCAGCAAGCGCCACAGCCCCGGCACCGGCCCCCACCCUCCUCCCAGAUCGCGGUGUCUUUUCGCUCGCAGUCCAUCCGCCCCACGGUGCUGGGCGGUCGGCCCUUGGUGGCGCAGGGCCCUCGGCGAGCUAAGGACCGCCAGCUUGGAACUGCAAGCGCGAAGGACGUCGAGUUUCGGAUGAACAGCCAGAAUGAGCGGCGCUUGAGGAGCGUAGAGGAGCCAACGCCUGGCCUCCCGGUUCCCCGAUCUUUGACUAUCAGAGGGGUCCCAGGACGCAGCCUGUGUCCAGGGAAGAGAAAUGGGAAACUGAGCAAGUCUGCCAGUGCCUCGCCAGAAAAAUAUCAGGGAACCUGCAGAAGAGUGACCCUGGAAUUCAAAGGAGUGGAAAAGCUUAGAUGAACUAUGACGAAGAUAGAUCAAAGAAUCCUGAAGCAAUAGAGCUUUUUAUACCUCCCUACCCCCUCCUAGCUCAGAGAAGAAGACCAAUAUGUGAAGUAAUUGAAGUGGAAUAAAACAUUAUCUGCU